AACUAUCAUGGCUGACUUCUCAAUUGAGUAUCGCUAUUCUGGAAUUAGUUCUUUUUACAGAGUUGUUCUCCCUAAAGGAGAGAUGCCAGAGGAGUUCAUACUUGUUGAAGACGAUACCAUAUCUUUCAUGGUUUCACAGGACUUUUAUGAUAAGUUCCUAGGAUUGGCUCUUUGUGUUGUGUUCAGUGUAGAAGAUGGAGAAAAGGAAAUAUUUUUUGACAUCGUGCCACAUGUCAAUGGCAAAAGGCGAAAUGCGCUAUCAGGAGCUCUCGGUUCAUUUGAUUCGGUUCAGAUGUGGAUUCAAUACCUCAAACCAAAUGUGCUGUGGGGAGUGUUGGAGGGAGAUGUCGAUUUUCUUGAAUUUGACGAGAAUGAUUUACGAUUUAGCCUCACUCUCAGAGUAUCGGGUGGAGCCGUGGAAAAGUUGGGAUAUGUGCUAAGAUGCGAGCAACUAGACGAUGAUCUAAAGGCUGCACUCGAAGACAAUCAGCUAGUGGAUCUAGCUUCACUAUGUGAAAUGGAGUUAAGAGAAUUCUUACGUAAAUAUCUCCCACGCAGAAUGGAUGAAUACGAAAAAUUUGAAGAAAGACGUGGGAAGAUGCGACUGGAGUAGUAUUGGCUUGCAGCUCUUAAAAGGAAACCGUCAUUAAGCCAGCGAAACAAAUUAGGGGUGGCAUAUGUUUCUUGAUAUCCGGGGACAUCUGCCUUGACGUUCAAUUCAAUCUCUCGUGUGAGAUCAAAUUUAUGUGCAGGAAUGGAGGGCCACUUGGCACGCAGGACACUUCAAUUCAUUAAGACGGGCAUCAUGUUUGGCUCAAGUAUCUCUGGCAUGUGUUGUCAUAUUUUGUUAAUAAAAAGACUUGUCAGUAUUUCUCGUUA